GUAAGUGCACGUGUUGUUUUCCUUCGGUGGUGGAUUGUCGGAUGAGAGCUUGUUGGAGUUAGUAGAAAUUUCGGACUAGAAUAUAUUUAUUUGUCUCUUUAACGCCCCUUUACCGGUGGAGCAAUGGGAAAGAAACUUAAAGUCGGAAAGACCAGGAAAGAUAAAUUCUACCACUUGGCUAAAGAGACGGGUUACCGCUCUCGCUCCUCUUUCAAGCUCAUCCAGCUGAACCGCAAGUUCCAGUUCCUGCAGAAAGCUCGGGCGCUGCUGGACCUGUGUGCCGCGCCGGGCGGCUGGCUGCAGGUGGCGUCCAAAUUCAUGCCAGUGUCCAGCCUCAUUAUUGGUGUGGACUUGGUGCCCAUUAAGCCCAUCCCCAACGUGGUCACUCUGCAAGAGGAUAUCACCACUGAGAAAUGCCGGCAGGCUAUCAGGAAGGAGCUCCAGACCUGGAAGGUGGAUGUGGUUCUGAACGAUGGAGCCCCCAACGUGGGAGCCAACUGGCAACAUGAUGCCUACUCACAAGCCCACCUGACCCUCAUGGCUCUGAAGCUGGCGUGUGAGUUCCUGACCAAGGGAGGCUGCUUCAUCACGAAGGUGUUCCGUUCCCGGGACUACCAGCCGCUGCUCUGGAUUUUCCAGCAGUUCUUCCGGCGCGUGCAGGCCACCAAGCCGCAGGCCUCACGAAACGAGUCCGCCGAGAUCUUCGUCGUCUGCCAGGGUUACCAGGCACCCGAUAAAAUUGACAACAAGUUUUUUGACCCCAAACAUGCCUUCAAAGAAGUGGAGGUUCAGGCCAAGACUGUGAAGGAACUGGUGCCAGUCAAGAAGCCCAAGGCAGAAGGGUAUGCAGAUGGAGACCUGACACUAUACCACCGCUUCUCUGUGACGGAGUUCGUCCGGGCUGAGAAUUCUGUGGACUUCCUUAGCAAGGCCAACGAGAUCACCUUCGACAGCCCCGAGCUGGAGUUUCACUCAUCCACGACCCCGGAGAUCAGGGAGUGCUGCCGCGACAUCAAAGUCCUGGGGCGUAAGGACCUGCGGGCUCUGCUGGCUUGGCGAGGCAAGCUGCGCCGGUUCUUGGCAAGACAGCUGAAGGAACAGGCCAAGCAGCUGCACCAUGAGAUCAGUCUGAGCUCCAGCGAAGGUGAGAGUGAGUCAGAGGAGAAGAAGAGGACAAAAAAAGGUACAGAGCAGAUGGAUGAAGAAGAGGCGGAGGACGAAGAGAUGGAAAAGCAGCUUGCAGAGGUCAAGGCUGACGAGGUGGCCGAGCUGCGCCGGAAGAAGAAGAAGCUGCUGCGAGAGCGGCGCAAGCAGCGGGAGAGAGUGGAGCUGAAGAUGGACCUGCCAGGGGUCUCAAUUGCUGACGACAACGACUCCAGCCUCUUCUCACUGAGCACCAUCAAAAAAGGAAAGGCUCUUGGCGAGAUUUCCAAGGGGGACAUGCAGGGUGCUGAUGCAAUCUUGCAGGGGAGAGAGGAAAAUGAAGAGGACAUGUACCUCUCCGACCCCGAGAGUGAUGCCGUCUCACUGGCCUCUGACCUUGACCCUGAAGACCUGAAGGAGGUGGAGCAAAGACAGAAACAGCUGCAGCAGAAGAAAGCACCUCCUAAAAAAGUAUCGUUCAGGGAUGAAGAGGAGGAGGAUGAAGGCAAAGGAAACGAGCUGCUGGUUGACCUGGAGAGUCAGAGCGAGAGGAGAGAACGUGAGACCGCCCUGUGGUUCAGUAAGGAUGCUUUCUCAGAGCUGGACCUGGAGGCCGAUGCCGAGACGGAGAUCAGGCAGACAGAGCAGCUGCGUGACCAGCAGUUCAAAGGAAAGGGAGGAAAGAAGAAGGGCCAAGAAAAACAGGCACCUGCCGAGCAGGGAGAGGAUGGCCCUGCACAGGGAACACCGGAGCAGGUCAAGGACGAACAUGUGGAGGACGAGGGCAACAGCGACUCUGAUGAUGACACCAGCAGCAGUGAUGAUGAGAGGGAGAUUGCCCAGAUGAAGAGCCAUGGUGGAGCAGGGCAGUCCGGCCAGGGAGCUGCGGAAGAUGAAGAUGGGGAGUUUGAGGUGGUCCCCGUUGAGAGCACAAGUAAGCGUGCUCGUAUCCUGGACCCUCGGUGUCUGUCCCCGCCCAGGCAUGCCUUCUCGGAGGAGGUGGACGAGGUACCGGAAUGGUUCCUGGAGGACGAGCGCAAGCACCGGCGCCGGACCGUCCCGGUCACCCGGGAGAUGGUGGAGGAGUACCGGCAGCGCUGGAGAGAGAUCAACGCCCGGCCCAUCAAGAAGGUGGCCGAGGCCAAGGCCCGGAAGAAGAGGAGGGUGUUAAAGAAGAUGGAGCAGGCGAAGAAGAAGGCGGAGGCCGUGGUGAACACUGUGGAUAUCUCCGAAAGAGAGAAGAUGGCCCAGCUCAAGAGUAUCUACAAGAAGGCCGGGCUGGGGAAGGAGAAGAGGGAGGUGACAUACGUGGUGGCCAAGCGCGGGGCAGGACGCAAGGUGCGCCGUCCGGCGGGGGUGAAGGGCGUGUUCAAGGUGGUGGACUCCCGGAUGAAGAAGGACAUGAGGGCGCUGAAGAAGAAGGAGCAGAGAGAGGGGGGCAGGCGCCAGCACCAGCGCCGGCGCCGGCAGUAACCGCUGUCCUGACCCUCCUCGGCCACUUCCUCCUGGACUGUCAUCCGUCAGCCUUUUUCCACAGAAUGAGGCGCGAGUUUUCAGGCAGACUUACUCUGCAUCUGUUUAAUUCACUCACCAUUUCAGGCCCCGCUCUCGUUGCCUGGACUGAGACCCAAAGUCUCAGCCUAGGAGCCCAACGAAGGCUUUCCAGUCCACGAGAUGUAGUGCAGAUUCAACUCACCAAAGUCCUGUGUCACACAUUUUCUGAAAUCCAGAUGUUUUGGACUGUUGUCUGGGAUGAUUUUGGUGACGUAUCCUGAUCAGAAUGUCUGAUUCAACACAGGAUGCAAAAUUGUGAUUGAAUUAACUGAGGCUACUGUAAAAACUGCAAUAAGUUCAGACUAAAUACAGAAUCCAGACCCCCUUCUUGGCUGCACAGCACAAGCAAUACCUGCUGCUGUGAGAGCUGGAGCACACACUGUCCCUGGAGGUGGCCCUUCCCCUGCAGACUGACACCACAACCCAAGGCAGGAGGUGUGGGGGACUAGAGGUGAGCUCUGCUUAGGGUCUGUUGUAGUGUUGCUCAAUCAAGUGUACUCUGUCUCCCUCUUGAGGAGAAAUCAGUGCAGUGCAGCCAAAGGAUCAAGCAGUAGGCCUUUUCCCUGUGAGUAGUAUACAUAUAUUUAUGAGAACGAGUAAUAGGUUUAUUCCAUGCGGGAAAAAAAGAAAAAACACAACGUUUCGGCC